AUACCAUUUGCAGUUCUCGACGUGCAGUCAACGCCGCGUUCUUCGGUCGAAACGUCGAGUUUUCUGCCGUCUCGUUGGCUGCUGGAUUCGUGAAAUUGGCUGCAUUAUACGAUAAUCAUAAAAAAAAAUCUUCAGAUCGCAUUCCUCGCAGCUUCAGCUUGCUGUAUCCUCUUCAGCGAUUAUUCCCCAUAUGGCGGGAGCAAGCGCGAAAAGGCGGCAUUCGGAUCUGCCGCAAUUUGAAUCUGUUGCCAGGAUUUCGAGUCUUCCCAUCGUGGAAAGUGGUAUACACAUCGCUGGUAAUGUGUAUAGAAAAAUAAAGCGCUCGAAUUCAUUAAUGAAUUGGAGUUUGGAUACUGCGGAGCAGUCAUUAGCGAUUGCAACGACGACGGCAAGACCAGCGAUUUUCGCAUUCAAUGGACCAAUUACGACAAUCGAUCAGCUAUUAUGCAAAGGUAUCGACAUUGUUGAACAGAGAGUACCAGCCGUACAUCUUCCUGCUCAUCUUAUGUAUUUGAACACGCGAAAAUAUGUAAAUGAGAACAUUGUAAAGCCGGUCCUGAAGCGUGCCGGAAGUGUCAAACAAAUUGGUAGUCAAGCUGCCAACGCCGCCGCGGAUAGAUUGGAUGGUGCGCUGACAGUUGCGGACAAGUAUGUGGAUCGUUAUUUGCCAGGUGAUCCGGCCGAUAAAGUCAUAGAUGAGGUCAACCCUAUUGAAUCAGUGAGCAAAACGACACGAACCAUCAAGCAUGGUGCAAGAUUUUCGCGUAAAGUACAAAAGAGAUUGACGCAACGCACUGUGGCCGAAGCACGUGCGCUUAAAGAACAAGGAACGGAAUGCAUGCAUGUGCUUUUAUACGUGGCAGAAUUGAUAGCCACAGAUCCAAUAUUGGCGUUAAAAAGAGCCAAGGCGUUAUGGACCACGUUGAGUCUACCUGAGCCCGAAAAUCAAGCACGUCCUGCUACGCUCGAACAGCUGUUGGUACUUUUGACACGCGAAUCCGCACGACGCAUAGUGCAUCUGGUGAAUGGCACGACGGCAUUGGCGAUUAAAACCCCGCAAUGUUUGGCUGAUCUACUCGUUCGGCUUUCUCAUCAAUUACUUGAAGUCGCCGACGCCUCAUUAAAGAUGACACCACUUAUAAAUAAAAGCAAUGCAGCGAAAGAACAAGUAUCCAUUAUACGGUCUGCUAUUGAAAGAUUGAACUCAACCACGAAUUUACUAUUGGAAAAAUUUGCUGCGCUCUUGGCUGGUCGCCCCAGCCCUCAGAAGGCAUCACAUACGCAAAACCAGCAGAACCACAACAAUCACAUGUCGAUGACUUCCAAUCCCUCAAUAAACGGUUUACAUAUAUCAUAACUUUGCCCAGUCAGUUAUUGGCUCAUUUAAACCGCGUUUACUGCGCAAGCGAUUCUCCACACAUUAAAGUGUUCACUGUACGUGACCAACGGCGGCAUUCGUACUCAAGUAUCAGACCAUAUCAGACGCGUUCGAGAGACACCAGUGAACUACCAUACUAAUCGACGCAGCAAUUAUUCGAGACUCAUGGCGACAGAAGUGGCGCAGCUUCCUCAUCUAAAGGUCUUUGACCGUGUCUUGGAAUUACCCAUCAUUGAAUUGGCACUCGCCAAAUCCGCGGAGACUUACUCCAGGGUAAAGGGCUCGCAUCAGUUGGUGCAUUGGGCACUUACCACUGCUGAGACGUCCUUUAACGCCGCGACCAAGCAAGCAAUACCUAUCGCCGCGCCUAUUGCGAAGAGGCUUGAGAAUCCUAUAAACUUCGUUGAUCACACGUUAUGUUUUGGUCUCGACAAGAUUGAAGAAAAAAUACCGCUAGUGAAGGAAAAACCCGCAGAGAUCUUGAAGAAGGCGGCAUUGAGAAUCUCGUAUAUAAAUUAUUUAAUUGUCGCACAAGCGGCAAAUUUGCGGGACAUCAGCUGGAAUAAAGCCAAUCAAAUUCUCGAGACACACUAUGGCACUGUGGCUAUGAAAAGUUUAGAUAGCACGGCUGUUGUUGUUGAUAAGCUCAUCGAGAGAUAUUUCCCCACAACAGAAGAAGAAGUAGAGUCGCAAGAGAGAAUGGCGGAUGCAAAUAAAUCCACGCCGAAUUCCGCGAAUACUCCUCGUCUUGAGGUAAUAGACCGGGUGAAAAAUAUUCCGGUGGUUCAUUCGGCGAUCGAGAAGACGGGCUCUACGUAUGCUUACGUUAAGGGUUCCCAUCAUUUGGUAAAUUGGGCGCUGAACUCUGCCGAAGCAGGAUUGCAUUAUGCAACUGCCACGGCGGUGCCGCUUACGGCCCCUUUGGCCAAGAAAUUCGAAGGACAAAUCAGCGCCGUCGACCAGAAGCUAUGCCAGGGGUUAGACAUUGUCGAACAAAAAGUUCCGAUCGUAAAGAAACCACCUCAGCAGAUUUACGAUGCGGCGAAAGCGGUUAUGAACAGUUCCUUGCAGCCAACCAUCGAAAAACUGAACGUGGCAAAAGAGUCAGCCACGCAACAGGCGUCUACGCUGAAGGAGAUCAGUAUAACUAAGGCGAACGAGCUUCUAAAUACACAAUGCGGCACUAUGGCUGUUCAAAGCAUUGACAAUACCAGUGUACUUGUUAAUCGUUUAUUAGAUCAUUACUUUCCGCCUGUAGAAGGAGAGGAAGAUGCGCCAACUCCAAUCUCAGCAGACGAAAACAAAGUACUUCACGCAGUGCAAACAAUCGGUCAACUGUCGUCAAAAACUGCUAAUCGCGUUUACCAUUCCGUUGCUGCGCAGUUGAGGACAGUGAAGAAGGAAGACGUGGCGACAUACAUAUCCAGCGUAGUAUCUAUUCUUCAUCUCACGCAUUUUUUGAACCUUGGUCAAAAGGAGACGAAUAAAGAGGCAGACAGUCCGACAGAAAAAAAGGAUGAGGAGAAGAAAUAAACUCAAAGUCCGCUCAAUUCGUUUUCAUCGUCGCAAUUUGAUGUACAAUUUAUGUUAGUCCAUUCGUUACACACUGUAGGAUUUUCAAAUAUUUAGAGAAACAUAAAAUAACGUGCAAAUUCUUAGUCAUUCAAAAAUUUAAUGUGUGUUAUAUAUAACACUUAUAUUUUAAAGAUUUAAUAUAUCUUUUAAAAGAAUUUUAAAAAUGCACUAAAAAUGCACGACAAAAAAAAAGAUAUUUUUUGGGUAAUAUUAUUAGAACUCUGUCACGAAUGAAUUGAUUUGUUAGCUCUUUCGAAUAUAUGUUUCUACACGUUUUAAUAUUCUAUAAUAUACAUAAAUCAGAUGAUUCUGUGGUCAACAAUAAGUCGUAUAGUUUUGCUUUACUAAUAUUUUUUUAUGUAAAAUUUUUUAUAUUGAUCAAAACUGCGACAUCUCGCUGAUUUGGAGCUGUCUUCACGAGAAACGAAAAUUCUUCUAGUGUUAUUGGUUAAUACAUAAUAUAAGAAUGUAGUUUAAACAUCACGAAACAUAUCAUCUUAAAGGACUAUUACAAAUAUUUAUAAAGAAUCAAAGCAAAUAUAUAUUUUGUAAAACAUUCUGAUAUAAUACUUUAUAUCAUAUAAAAUACAAUUUU